AUGCGUAGGCUCCUCCAAGCUGCUCUGUCCGUGUCGACAGGAUUGGCGGCGUCCAUACAGCCUUCCACCUUCACAGCGCCCGGUGCUUUCCCCACCUCAGCGUUUACUAGGUACUACAAUGAUCCAACGGCCACCUCAGCUCAGCCCCAGCCAGUCAUUUCUGACCCAGUUACCCAUGAGGUUUAUGCUUUCAAUUUAACGGACCCAAACCAUAUCCCGCAGAACGAUACCAUUGACCCCCACCCUUUGCCUCCCGUCGCGUCGUCUUCCCAGAUUCUUAACAUCGCGAUCGCCCAACUUCAAUCCAUCCCAGCCAACCCCGUCUUCACAAACAACACAUGUGCAUCAUGCCAGGCUUCUUUAGAAGUUGCAAAGUUUCUUUCUCUCACCGCUCCUGAACAUGGCCCUGAGUUCUUUGCUCACUUUUGUAACACCUUCAAACUUUCCAGUACUUGUAACGUCACGUACAGCCUCUCUGGAAUUGGAUCCGUCAUUACGCAAGUCAUUGCAAACGCAGACGUCGGAGGGUAUGAUGGACAGGCCAUCUGUCACAACUUCGUUAGCGCGUGCCCGCAACCCCCUCUUGCGCCACUCAAUUUGGCUAACUGGUUCGCAAAGCCGAAGCCCAACCCCCCCCCAGCUCCGAAGCAACGCAGUGGAAAGAGGGUUCCUGUGUUACACCUGUCCGAUUUUCACAUUGACCCACGCUACGCCACUGGCGCAGAGGCGAACUGUUCCUCAGGACUGUGUUGCCGACAAAACGGAUUCAACACGCAGAGUCUCAAUUCCCCUCUGUCUCCUGCGCCGCGUUUCGGAGCCUAUCGCUGCGAUACACCUGAGGCUCUUGCUUUAGCUGCUAUUGAAGCCAUCCCAGCUUUAAGUGGUACCAAAGAGACAGGAUUUGCGUGGUCUAUUUAUACUGGCGAUCUAGUCUCUCACGAUCCUGAUAACCAACUCUCCAGACGCUAUGUUGAAUAUACUGAGACGCUCCUGUACGAUCUUUUCAAGCGCAUGCUUGGAUCAGGACCAGUGUAUGCUGCCCUCGGAAACCACGACAGCUACAACCAGGCACAGGAUGCCCCUCAUGCCAUCGGGGGAGAACUCGCCGAGCAAUACAGUUGGAACUACGACCAUGUUGCUGGACUCUGGCAGUACGAAAAUUGGCUCCCAGAGGACGCGGUAGCGCUCGCGAAGGCCCAUUACGCGGGAUAUAUGGUAAAGCGUUCAGACGGGCUUCGCGUCAUUACGCUCAACACGGACAUGUGGCAACGUAGAGCCAAUUAUUUCAACUACAUUAACAUGACAAACCCCGAUAACUCUGGAAUGCUUCGGUUCUUGACGGACGAGUUACAGGCUGCAGAAGAUGCUGGUGAUCGAGUUUGGAUUGUGGGACACGUUCUUAGUGGAUGGGAUGGGACAAACCCUUUGGCGAAUCCCACGAAUCUCUUUUAUCAAAUCGUCGAUCGAUACUCCCCUCAUGUCAUAGCCAACAUUUUCUUUGGACACACGCACGAAGAUCAGAUAUCGAUUUUUUAUGCGAAUAACGCUACGACAAUAUCCGCAGAUACAGCAUUGGCCGUCUCUUGGAUGGGGCCGUCUAUUACUCCGUUGACUAAUCUGAACUCAGGUUUCCGUGUUUAUGAAGUAGAUUCCGCAACAUUCGAAGUCAUGGACGCACACACGUGGAGCAGCGACGUAAACUCAUUCCAUAGCCUUGAUUCUCAAAUCCAAUUCGGUCCGACGUACGCAUACGAGUACAACACACGUAAUGCGUAUGGUGGGAACAUCACUGGAUGGACGAAUGAUGACCCACUGAAUGCCACAUGGUGGCAUCGCGUCACGGAAGCAAUGGAGUCUGACUCAACCUUGGUUUCGACAUUCAAUACUUUCCAGGGCAAGAGCUCUGUUCGCACUCCUCCCUGCGUUGGUGAUUGCGCAGCGGCCAAAAUCUGCUAUAUGCGCAGCGGCUCCGUCCCUAUUGCGCAAGCAAAUUGCAAGACGGGCUUUGGGUCGGUGCAAUCAGGAUGA